AGAAAGGGGAGGAGCCAAGUUUUCGCGAUAGAGCGAGCGGCACUCACGCUUCAUUCAGAAACCACUUGUUGAUAUCGCCCCGCAGCGGUCGUAGUCGAUGGUGGGAGCCACCGAUCACAGAGACGGGCCACAAAUCCGCGAACUGGGCGACCAACGACAGUCCUUUAGGAUCAGGGGCAGUUGUUCGAAUUAUGGAAAGGGAUUUCCUUUUUUUUAGGGAUAACGUGUUCGAAGACGACCAAAUUGUUCCAGACUGCAGCCAAGCUUUAAGGAGUUCCAGCUCCAAUUCCCAAGGGACAACUUAUUUCAGCUGGAAGGGUGACACGCUUUGCGCCCUGGAUAAGUACGCUAGAAACAAUGGCUGGGGUUUUUUUACUUCUCAAAAACCCCGCAGAGAAAGUGCAUCCCAGGUGGACGAAUUCUUCGAAGGCAGUACCAGUUUAAUAAACCCAACUUCACAAUCCUUUGAUACCAUGAAAACGGAUCACCUUAACGCUGUAAAUCAAAACGCAACUGCUGCAGUUGGACUCGCCCAUCAACCGUCUACGGCCUACAAUAACUCUUGCAGGGCCAAAACAAUGCGCGAAAAUGUGCCUUCGAACUUAAUCAACCACCAGGAGGACAUCUUCACCAAAUCCGCAUUGACUGUGCCAGGUUCCAUUAUAAGUUUCUCGGAUAUGAGUGAAUCGCCUGAUUUACCUGGUCUUUUCGAUAGCAUCACUCCUCCUUAUCAGAGUCCUGUACCUUGCACGGUUAAGAAUGAAAGGACAGUUUUGGACUCAUGCUCUUUUCCAUCUACACAAGAGUUUACUUCCUUACUGGACGUUAGUUUGCCAGAUCAAGUGAUAGUGAAACGGGAGGCUAAUAUUGAAAAUAAGCUUUCUCAUUACCAAUCAAAUAUGCCUUUAUCUUCUGUCCAACCUAUGCAAAAUACUUACAUGGGACAUUUCGCCAUGUCGCGACUCAUCAUGCCACUCACCCCACCUAGUUCAGAGCCUGGUAGUGAUUCUGUGGAUUCUAUCACUGUUAGGACAACGCCUCCACCUCCAUAUGGAACAUCUCCGCCAAGCAAUUUGUUGCCUUCUUUACCUGAAUUAAGCGAAGAGCAUCAGCCAGUGAGGACUCCUUACAACAGGAGAAAUAAUCCAGAACUGGAAAAAAGGAGAACUCACCGAUGCGUAUUUCCAGGUUGCACUAAAGUUUACACAAAAAGUUCCCAUUUGAAAGCUCAUCAAAGAAUUCAUACUGGCGAGAAGCCGUACAGAUGUUCAUGGGAUAAAUGCGACUGGCGCUUUGCUCGUUCCGACGAAUUGACACGACAUUUCCGGAAACAUACGGGCGCGAAGCCUUUUAAGUGCAAAGUGUGCGACCGCUCCUUUGCCCGCUCUGACCACUUAGCGUUGCACAUGAAGCGACAUCUGCCGAAGAUCAAGUGAACUAAUUAAUGGGACUAUGAAAGAAUUUUAUUUGAAAGUUUGAUUCUGAGGAUCUCUUCUUUGACAUUUAUCCGGCUGAUGGUAUGUCUUUUUGAACAUACUAGCCCGAUUUUACUUUAAUGGAGUGGCCUACACCCACCUGUGACAUGCCGUGCAUUGAUUGGGGCUUUGGUGAUCGAACGGGUGAUGGACUUCUUUCUCUGAACAGUAUUGGAGACUUGAAACUUGAAGCUGUCUCUGGACUUCUCUUUUUUUUUUAUUGUAAAUAUAAUAUGUAUGUAUUUUGUCACAGUAUGCUUAAUAAAUGUACAGAUAUGAUCAAUCAAAUGGGGGAAAACAUGAGGCUAGGCUAAAUGUUCUGGUAAGUUAAAUAGCUUGCAAACUACGGGCAUUCAAAUUUUGCGUGUAAAGUAUAUCAUGUUAAAAAUCCACUAAUACAUUUGUGCCACACAUAUGCUAAAUGAAAAAAAAAAAUUGUAUAAUUUACUUUUACAAAGAAAUAUGAAAGCCUUCAGUGGUAUGGUAAGCAACUUUUAAAGAAAAAGUAACAAAAUGACAAUGAAUGAGGGGCUGUCCAUAUAUAAUGUAAUCAUGUUUAGUUGGAUAUAGAACCGAUCUCCAUCCCUCUCUUGAUAAACCCCCAUGUACUUUAUCAAGUACUCAAUCCAGUCCAAAAAUGUGACUGAAAAGAAAUAUAAUUGCUUUUUUUUUUGGUUAUUAAUUUUUUUUUUUUCUAUCUUUCUUUCUUAAUUUCUGAUCAGUUUCUGCGGAAAUUUAUGAUAAUAAUUAUUGAU